AUGGUGCUCGGGAACGUGGAGCUGCAGAGGGCGAACCUGGAGCGGUCCCUGGAGAUCAAGGAGAGGCUCUACGGCCCCACCCACGUGGACCUGGCGGUCACGCUCACCAGCCUGAGCAACGCCUGCGGAAGGCAAGGGCAAGUGGACAGGCAGAAAGAGCUUCUAGAACGAGCGUUGGCCAUCACCGAGAAGGAUUUUGGCAAGGACCACCGCAAGGUGGCCAUCAUCCUCGGAAACAUGGGCAGCCUGUACAUGCGACUGGGGGACGGAGCGAAGGCAUUAGAUCUCCUCAACCGGGCGCUCGCUAUCAAGCAGAGGGACUACGGCGGGGAUCACCCGCAG